AGUUUACUCUGAACUUUUUCACCAUUCGUACAUAAAAGCAGUUGUCAAUAUAGAUUGUCAGAGGAAAAUAAUUAUAUACUCUGAAUGAUUUGAAUAUUAAAGUUAUUAUUGAUAAAGGAUGGUCUGCAUAGCUGUGUUGGGAUGUGGGCUUUUAGGUGUCAAAAUUGCAGGGGAAAUGGCUUAUCACGGCCACAAAGUGAAGCUAUAUGACAGCAAUUUGACAGCUCUUAAUGCUGUUUACGACAAAAUUGAAGAGGAUAAAGAGUGGAUGAAGAGCGAAGGACUUUUAUCUAACAAUACUUUUAUAGGUCAAAUAUACUGUCUUAGCAGAUUGGAAGAUGCUGUAAAGCAUGCAGAUUUCGUAUUUGAAGCAGUAGUUGAUGAUCUCCCUAUAAAACAGGAUCUUUUUGAACGUGUAACACAAUGCUGCCCACCGAACUGCAUUGUAGCAACCAAUACUUUACGUCUGGAUAUCACAGCGAUUGUAGAAAGAGCAACUAAUAAGGAAAGAACGGUUGGUUUAAGGUUCCUCUAUCCAGUUUAUUAUAUACCGGAAGUUGAAAUUACUCCAGGUGGAUUUACGUCAGGAAAAACUAUAGAAACAGGUUUGUAUUGAUAUAACUUUUUUUCUACAGAAUUUCCUGUGUAAAGAUCUUAUGUUUCCUUUUAAUUGUAAUUAGUUCGACAAGUAUUGGAGAAUAUGGGUAAAACUUUAUUCUUUCGAUCUGGUAGUGAACCCUUAGUACUUAGUGAAGAACAAAGGGAAGAAAGAAAGAAAGCAUGUAUUGGGAGAUUGAAAGAGAAUUGUGGUGUUGAUUAUGUAUUUUCUGGAAAUUUACCUGAAUUAGGGCAUCGGGCAAGCAUCGGAUCUGGUAUAAAUUAUGAUCAGACAAACUCGAAUAUGUCGGAUGCGGAUCGUGAUUGCGCAAUUUGUAUGGAUAGAACACGCGAUUGUCUACUAUGUCCUUGUCACCAUAUGGUUACUUGUACCGAGUGCGCAAAAUCAUUACUCAAUAGAAGAGAUGGAUGCCCGAUAUGUCGUACAGAUAUAACAGAGAUGAUACGAGUAUAUCACAGUUAGAUAGCUAAAUAAAUGUGACCAAAGAAAUUGUGAUGGUACUGCAAAAGUCAUGAUAAAACUAAUUAAUAGUGACACUUGUAGAUUAAAUUAUUACAUAACUGAAAGAAUCUGAUACAUGUUUGUUAUUUUUUUUUACUGAUUUUGUCUCUUUGCAUUUUUUUUUGAAUCUCCAGCUAACAUAUUCAGUUUAUAAUUAAUUACUGCAAAAACUACUUUAUCUUUAUUUAAAUAUAGAGAAUAUGUUAUUUAUAUCAUUUUGUUUUUUGUGCACUUUUUUAAA